AUGUCCAAGCCGGUGGACCACGUCAAGCGGCCCAUGAACGCCUUCAUGGUGUGGUCGCGGGCUCAGCGGCGUAAGAUGGCCCAGGAGAACCCCAAGAUGCACAACUCGGAGAUCAGCAAGCGCCUGGGAGCCGAGUGGAAGCUGCUCACGGAGUCGGAGAAAAGGCCGUUCAUCGACGAGGCGAAGCGCCUGCGCGCCAUGCACAUGAAGGAGCACCCGGACUACAACACGCACUCGCACCCCAGCCCGGGCAACCCGGGCUACAUGAUCCCGUGCAACUGCAGCGCCUGGCCCAGCCCCGGGCUGCAGCCGCCGCUGGCCUACAUCCUGCUGCCGGGCAUGGGCAAGCCUCAGCUGGACCCCUACCCCGCGGCCUACGCCGCCGCGCUAUGA